UUCUUUGUUUAGAUCCCGCGUAGCCUGAGUCCCCAACCAAAUGACUAGGUGUAGGAUCGGAACGGGCAUGCGCUGGGGAAAAUCCCGCUGCUUUCUAGAGACUGGAUCCUUAUCGCGGCUCGAUCGGGUAGGCCAAUCGAUUCGAGCAACUGCUGAUCACCGCGGCGGCCCAGGCGCUCUUCUCCUCCGCGGCCGCUAAAGCGGCUCCCGUUGACUUCAGCGAAGCGGGGAGGGGAAGAGAGGAGAGGGGGGGGGGCGUGCCGAAGAUCGGUUCCGGCAGCCAAUCGGGGCGUUCCAUUCCUUUUUGACGUCACAAUCUCUAGAACCUGCAGCGGCGACAACAAUAACAAUACCAGGCGGGGAUCGUUCCCCGGAGUCGAGCGGUCGGGGCGGGGGGCCUGACCGGGGCGAGCCGUGAAAACAGCGCGUCCGGGGGUAGCGCUUGCUACUGUCAGCGGAGUCGGAGAGGAGCAACCCAGCAAGCAACUCAGGAGGGAGCCCGAAAUAGAAGCGCCUCUUUCCUGGCAGCGAUGGCCUCGAGCGAGCCCUCGGGGCUGCAAGAAGAGAAUCUACAGGGUUCCUGGGUAGAACUGCACUUUAGCAGCAAUGGGAACGGUAACAGUGGCCAGCCAGCCGGCCAGGAACAAGUUCCUGCUUCAGUUUCUAUUUAUAAUGGUGACAUGGAGAAAAUUCUUCUAGAUGCCCAGCAUGAGUCUGGAAGAAGUAGCUCGCGAGAGAGCUCACACUGUGACAGCCCACCACGUUCCCAGACACCUCAGGAUGUUCACAGAACUUCAGAAGUGGAGAGUCGUGCCAGUGGAGAAAAGAAUAGUUCUCAGUCUGAAGAAGAUUUUCUGGAAAGAAGGAAAGAAGUUGAACGGCUUCUGAAGAAAAAUUCAGAUUGGAUGUGGGACUGGUCGAGUAGGCCUGAGAAUAUCCCCCCCAAGGAAUUUCUCUUUAAACACCCUAAGCGCACAGCUACACUCAGCAUGAGAAACACGAGUGUGAUGAAGAAGGGGGGCAUAUUUUCGGCAGAAUUCUUGAAGAUUUUCUUACCCUCUCUGCUGCUCUCCCAUCUGCUUGCCAUUGGAUUAGGGAUUUAUAUUGGAAAACGGUUGACAAUCACGGCUUCCAGCAGCUCCUUGUAAAAAAAAAGAAAUGAAUUCGUCUCUUUUGCAAAUCAUGACAAAAUUCAUCCAGACAUAUAAAGUGGUGAACAGAAGAAACUUCCAAAUGUAUAAUCAUAAUAUGGCGAUGUAUGUUGUAUUGUGUAAAGGGCUCUUGCAAAAGGAAAGGAAGAAAACCCAACUACCCAACUGCUUCUAUAUGUAAAUUCCUAUUCGCACGGUUUAAUAUAGUGUAGCUUAGAUCAGGAGUGGGGAACCAGAACUACAACUUCCAGCAAGCUCCAACUUUGGGCCAGUAACAAAGGAUAUUGGGAGAUGUUGUUUAGCAUGUGCAAUGGCCCACAUUUCAUUAUCCUUGCUUGAAGAUUUUUCUUUGUUGCUAUUAUUGCAAGAACGAACACUGUAGCAGAAAAAAAAAAAAUCACUGUGAACACCGGGGAGGGAAUGAAUAUACAAUUUGAAAAGACUCGUAAUGAUUAGUUGUGAAAAAAGACACAACACAACUGUAAUUUCAAAAAAAGAAAGUCACGGUCAACAAAAGUCAAAUGGCUUUACAUUUAUUAAGAGUAUGGUUUUACUACUUGAGAUGAAAUGAAUUAGUGACAUGAUUUGAAAUGUAAACAUAAAUCAGUGUAGACUGUUUUGGUAUGUGUAAGUCUUAAUAGGGAAUCUUUUCUUUAUGUUUCCAAUGAAAGUUUGUAUGCAGCUGUUGGGACAAUGAUUUAGUAAUAAAUAAUCUGAUUUUUCUCAAAGUGAGCCAAAAUUUGUGUGGUCAGAAAACUUUUAAGAAGGAAAGCCCCGAGGAAUUUCUUCCAAGAAGUUCAUUGUGGGAAAAUAACAUUAGCCAGUCCCUUUUCCUCUCUUGGCUGAUAAACAGAAAUCUCUCAUCUCUGAUUUGCAAGGCAUUGCUUUGCAUCACCAAUGAGUCAUAGUGGGGUAGCUGGAUCUGCCUUUUUAAUCACAAAUACUGCAGCUGUGAACCACUGGUCUGGUCUAUGUGAAUACAGAGGAAUUUACUCAUGGUGAAUGAUGGCAGUUACCGAAGAAAUAUCCAUUUGUCAGGUGCUGCUUUGCUGUCUACCUUUUCCAUGUUGGUUUCCUUCUUUCUGCUGCAGAUGCACAAGGAGCUAGAAAUAGAAACUAUGGCUUUUCCUCUCCUGCAUAUUGCUGUUUUUAUUCUAGAUAUGCAAAUAGGCCAGAUCAUUGCUAUGUAGAAUGGAAACACAAUGAGUAUAAUGACAAGGCACAGUUGUGAUGUUAUCCACACAUUCUUUCCACGCUGACCCACAGUAUUUGGCAGAAGUUAAGGAAGGUUUGUUCCUUAUCGGAAAAAUGUCAUGAUUUCCAUCAUCUAUUCUUAAGGAGGGUUUGCAGAAUAUGAGUGGUGGCGUGGGCCAUCCGGGCUUCCUCACUCCUUGCAGGCUACAAAGGUUGGGGACUAAAUAUACAGGGCUGAUGCUAGAUUCUCAACAUGUUUCAAUAACCCCUAAAAGAAAAUGAUAUUUUAAGAGAGGAUAUCCUUAUGCUGAAAGCUACGAGCACAGGCCACAAUUAAACUGCAAGCUCAGCACUGAGCUGACAUUGUUUUAAGGCAGGGGUGUCAAACUGCCGGCCCGCGGGCCAAAUGCGUCAUGCCGAAAUUGCAGCCACCCCAUUAAGUUGCGAUACGUCGCAACACAUCAUGUGAUGUUGCGAGUUUGACACCCGUUUUAAGACCUCUCAUCUAUUUUAGCUGCCUGGCAUCUAAUCUUAGUAAGACUUGAGAUUUACUUGUAAGUAAACAAAAACAAUGCAUUGUAGCCUGUUAUUUUUGUAUAAAGGUCUUAUUGUUCAUCAGUUACAAUAAAGGAUGAGAAUUUGUUUAGGAUUUAACAUGAUGUAUAAACCAAACAGUACAACUUGUUCAAUAAAGUGUCAUGUAAAAAAAAAAUGCCUUGGCAUUAUAUGUGAAGGCAGCCUCUGGGUUACAGCAUUGCAAAAAGGCUGGAUUGAUUAUGUAUUUCUAUAGCUAUGCUCUCCAGAGGGCUUAAUUUAAACCUUCCUGUAGCAAAGUGUGGGAAGGGGUAGAAUAUCAGUUAAAAAAUCAAGAUGCAGCUGUACCCAUGAAAAUAAAGUCCCAACCCUUUUACAUGCACUGGGUUAGGAAAGUGGGAUUUCAAUCAUGCAAUGUCAGCUUCUGUAUUUAUUUAUUUUUUUUUGAGUCCUUGAAUAUUCUGCUAAAGGACCUUCUAAUUAAAGUUUGUUUUGCUCCUCUGGGGGGGGGGGAAGGGGCACAGGGUGCCCGGAAGGGGCAUGAUUUCAUGAAAGGUUCAAAUAUUUCAUGGAAUCCUGCUAAGACUAUCUACUUACAGUACUAGAAAUGUAAUUGGAUACAUUUAUUUCAUAUAACCGGACCUGAACUACUGUGGUUUGGGAAGAGUAACUUAGGAUCACCUGGUAUCUACCUAUGUUGCAUUUUUAUACUAUCAGUGUAGAAAAAUUUUCUUACACUAAUUUUGAUUUUAUUUGGCACGUGACUUAUUUUAUGCUGGAGUUAGAACUGGAAUUAAUAAUUGAUACUGUGCCCCUCAGAUCAUCCUAUUGCAAUAUUUCUCAACUUUGGCAAAUGUGUUUACUAUAAUUUCCAAAAUGCCCCAGCCAGCAUCCGUAUGGCUGGGUGGAGAAUUCUGAGAAAUGAAGUCCACGUAUCUUUCACAAGCAUGCAGCAUUUGGAGUAAUGCUAUUUGAUCAGCUGAGUUGGCUUUAUUUCACUGUUAAUAUAGUUGCUAUAAUUUAUACAGGUGGAGGCACCACAGGUUUUGUAAGGUUUGUCUUGAACAGAUUUAUUUACUUCAAUGGAAAAGACACAUAGGCUCAAAUAGAUAGCAGCUGUGUAGAUGUGUUGACCUAAUGGGUUCAGAGACCAGUUGGGGUUUUUUUUUUUUUUUCAGACAUAGAGAUCAUUAUCUUGGUCAUUGCAAAUUAAACAUACUGUCAUCUGAAGAGGGAAACUUGGUUAAUUUUCAUUUACUGGAAGCUAUCUGGGGAUUUGUCUUGAUCUAGCAAGCUAGCCAAUAUUGAAGUAUUCAAAACUUGCUUGUUUUUCAAUUAGCUACUGUGUGAUCACAUUUAUACUGCCGAUUUCACUUUUUUAAAGAUGAGUCAAACUGUGUACAAUACUUGUAUGACAAUGUCACUACUGGCUAUCGUCAGAUAAAUGGUGAGCAUAUAAAAUGGUUAUUUUCCAGCUUUUUAUCAAAUCAGUAAGCUGUGAAAUAGUGUGUCAAAUGUCCAUAUUUUUGCUGCUACUGUGCUAAAGCAAUAAAGGGAGUGAGUAAACUUG